GGAUCGAGGAGUUGACAUUUUGAUCUCGAUCGUCACGACCAUAUAUAGUGCGUCCGUCGUCGGCUGUUCGUCGGGCUCUUGUUGAUUUACAUUAUUCAACAAUUUUUUUUUUGGUUUUCUGGUUUUUAUAAUUUUUUUUUUAUAUCGUUUUUACUCCGACCUUAAUAUUUAUUUCACCCACGUUCUGCAACACACGCAAAGAUAUCACCAUGCAAAACUUCGCUGAACACUCUUCAAACGCCAUUACCAAACCGACAAACAGUCGGAUCCUUUACGAUAUACCGUGUAAAGUGUGCAAGGACUUUUCGUCCGGCAAACAUUAUGGCAUAUACGCAUGCGACGGGUGUGCAGGGUUUUUCAAAAGAUCGAUUCGGCGUAAUAGACAAUACAUUUGCAAAUCAAAAUCGGAAGGCGCAUGUCCGGUUGAUAAAACGCACCGGAAUCAGUGUCGAGCUUGCAGACUCCGAAAAUGCAUGCUUUCGGGCAUGAAUAAAGACGCUGUUCAACACGAGCGCGGCCCUAGAACGUCAACAGUUCGCCGACAACUUCAAGGACUCUGCAAUUACUCUAAAGAUCGAUCGGCGAGCAACUCACCGCCGUUGGACUUGACGCCCAAGAGGUCUCCCGAAUGUUCGACCACUUGUUCGACUCCACCCGGCAGAUACAUUCCCGAUUCGCAUUUAUAUUUAUCGGCUUUCCGACCACAGAUGUCAAUGAUGCCGAGAUUUUUAAACACUAUGAGACUCACGCAAGCAGUUUACGAGACGGCCGCUUCGAUUUUGGUCACAGUUUCUACGAUCAAAAGUUUUCCGGCCCUGAUGACUCUGCCUUUUGUCGACCAGUUUGAAUUGCUCCGGGAGAGCUGGCAUGAACUGUUCAUAUUGACGGCCGCUCAAUUUUUUUCGGACACCGAUAUUUCUCUACUGCACGAAGAACAUCGGUCCAACUUUGGGUCGUCGAUGGACAUCGAUGAACAAAUCGCUGUGUUCAAGGACACGCUCUCUGCUGUAAAACAUCGGCAAAUCGAUCCGAUCGAACAGUAUUUGUUGAACGAAAUCGUACUGCUCAAAUCAGAAUCGGUCAAGAGCCGCGGCUGCAGCAGUUCCGAAGACACGGAGACCAUUUUGGACGGGCUGUCCGUGAAGAGCAAAGAGGCGCUCAGACGGCACGUGAAUCACGUGCACAUGGCCAGGCCGGACGCGCGAUACGACGAGCUGAUCGAGAUAUUACCAGGUAUCCGGUCCGUGCCGAAAACCACGGUUGUCGAGCUCUUCUUCCGCCGCACCAUCGGCCAAACGCCCAUCGAACCGUUCGUGUGCGGCACCUACACCAACUAUCUGCAGACGGCACCGCACUUGCAGACCAUCAUCAGCAAGGCCAAGAUAUGCCAUUGCUUGCAGUGACAGACGUCGUUUAAUUUAUAAUAUAAUACGACGUAGUGUAAUAUAUUUACCUAUACGUUGUAUGCCAGUUUGACGCUAAUGUAUAUAUGGGUACGUAAUAAUAUUAUUAUUAUGGCAGUAAUAAUUUAUUAUUAUUAUAUUAUAUACGAUCCAUAUAUAUAGUGAUAUUGUACAUAA